CCAAAUGACAAGCUAGCGUGUCCACCGCUAUUGCUAACUAGACCGCGGAAAUAAAGCAGCAGCGCUGAGCCUUUCAUCGUCAUUCGUAGCUUGAUAGUUGAACAUAUCGUCACAGUGGCUUCGCGCAGGCCAUUUCUCAACCAACAGUUCUUUCGGGUAGCAGGUCCGGAGCAGCCGGGGGCGCGACCAGGAGCAGCCGCCACAAGUUAGACGAGAAGUUAACAUUCGUAGUUGUUUUGUUUGACAGCUAACUGUUAUAUCGCUAACUAGCUUGUCUGCUUGCUCACCGGCGUCAGGUUCAAAGCAAAGUUGCGAUCGCACGGUCACGAUUGUCUCUCUCUUUACGAUAACCGUCCUCCGCUGAUCUUUAAACGACAACAGACAGAUAACGCGACACUGCUGACUUUGUGUUGAUUUCAAAGCUGUCAGCAGAUUGUGCUGCGUGGAGACUAUUAUCUUGUUAGUGUACAGGCAGGCAGCUCUGUGCGUAAAACACACGUAACUUGCGUUCUUAUCUUGGAUUUAAAUGUCCGAAAAGAGCUCAUCGUCCGGCUCGGAUGAAGAUGUGGACCCAGAAUCUGUGCAACCUGUGGAGCUGGGAGGCGUUUUGAGCAAGUGGACCAAUUACAUCCAUGGAUGGCAGGACCGAUGGGUUGUGUUGAAGAACAAUACUUUGAGCUACUACAAGUCUGAGGAUGAAAGGGAAUAUGGCUGCAGGGGAUCUUUGUGUCUCAGCAAGGCUGUCAUCACACCCCAUGAGUUUGACGAGUGUCGUUUUGACAUCAGUGUCAACGACAGCGUUUGGUACCUCCGAGCAGAAGACCCUGAGCACAGACUCCAGUGGAUCGAGUCCAUUGAGUUGCACAAGGCGGAGUCCGGGUAUGGGUCCGAAUCUAGUCUGAGGCGUCAUGGUUCCAUGUUGUCUCUUACCUCAGCAGCCAGUGCCUUGUCCGCCACGUCCACAUCCUCCUUCAAGAAGGGUCACAGGCUAUGUGAGAAGCUAGCAGAGAUGGAGACCUUUCGGGACAUUCUUUGCAGACAAGUGGACACGCUGCAGAAAUACUUUGACUCCUGCGCUGACGGUGUCUCCAAAGAUGAAUUUCAGAGGGACCGAGUAGUGGACGAGGAUGAAGACGACUUUCCUGCUGCCUCAAAAGCCGAUGGUGAUUGUCAUCACAACAAUAAUGGCAGCAAAGAGAAACUGUUCGCCCCGGCCAGUCCUAAAGGCAUCAAUGGCAUAGACUUCAAGGGGGAGGCCCUCACCUUCAAAGCCACAACAGCCGGCAUCCUUUCCACUAUGUCACACUGCUUAGAGCUGAUGCUCAAACGAGAGGACAGCUGGCAGAAGAGACUGGACAAGGAGCUGGAGAAGAGAAGAAGAGUGGAAGAUGCCUACAAAUCUGCUGUGUACGAACUAAAGAAAAAGUCGCAAUACGGCGGUCCUGACUAUGAGGAGGGGCCCAACAGUCUGAUCAAAGAGGAUGAGUUCUUCGAUGCAGUGGAAGCUGCCCUCGACAGACAAGACAAGAUAGAGGAGCAGUGCCAGUCAGAGAAGGUCAGGAUCCCCCGACUGACUCCAGUCCCUCCAGGCGAUGUCUUUUCCAGCAUCGGCACACACCGCUUCGCUGCCAAGGCGCAUAGCUAUUCCUCUUCCCUUUCCUCUGUCGAGCUUGUCAGUGCUUCAGAUGACAUUCACAGAUUCAGCGCUCAGGUGGAGGAGAUGGUGCAGAAUCAUAUGACGUACUCUCUUCAGGACAUGGGCGGAGAUGCAAACUGGCAGCUGGUCAUCGAGGAAGGAGAGAUGAAGGUGUACAGGAGGGAAGUGGAGGAGAACGGGAUCGUGUUGGAUCCUCUCAAAGCGACACAUUCUGUCAAAGGGGUGACAGGACAUGAGGUGUGCCAUUACUUCUGGGACACUGCAGUGCGCAUGGACUGGGAGACCACAAUUGAAAACUUCAACGUCGUGGAAACGCUCUCCGACAACGCCGUUAUCGUUUAUCAGACACACAAGAGGGUGUGGCCUGCCUCUCAGAGAGACGUCCUCUAUGUGUCAGCCAUUCGGAAGAUUCUGGCGACCAAUGAAAACGAUCCCGACACCUGGCUGGUCUGCAACUUCUCUGUGGACCACGACAAAGCGCUGCCCACAAACCGCUGCGUGCGGGCCAAAAUCAACGUCGCCAUGAUCUGCCAAACUCUGGUCAGCCCACCAGAGGGCGACAAAGAGAUCAGCAGGGAUAACAUUCUGUGUCGGAUCACAUACGUUGCUAACGUCAACCCAGGAGGUUGGGCUCCGGCCUCGGUCCUGCGAGCCGUGGCCAAGAGAGAAUACCCCAAGUUCCUGAAACGUUUCACCUCCUACGUGCAGGAGAAGACGACGGGGAAGAACAUCUUGUUCUGAGAGAGAGGACAGCUUGGCCAACUUUGCAAGAAGCUGCGUGAAGUUUGCUCUCCAUGCCAGACUGAGCAGGUCCUGGAGCCUCCUGGAACACGAAGCUGGCUUGAAUCUUCAGUAUUUGUCCUUCCAGCUUCAUCUGUGGCUCAACUUCCUUUUCUUGUAGAUACUUUUUGUACAUUUCCCAUGAUUAUUACAUAUACUUGUCGUGUUUUGUUUUUUUAUUGGGGAGGGGGGCCUAACUACUAGCAUGGCCGCUACUUGUCCGCUGCUACAAACUGGAACGUCCCUUCUAGUGACGACUGCGGUCUGAGGGAAGGCCGGGCGUUUCUUUUCCCCUUCCUACGGCGACGUAUUGUACAGAGAAGUUAGUUUACCAAAGUGCGAAAUGUGAAUCGACUGUUAAACACGCUGGGGUUAGACGACGGUAACCAUGGAAACUUGAAGUCUCGUUGACACGUGGAUGAUAUUUCAGUAGGAGAUAAUUAUUCCUGUCAAAAUCAUGUUAAUUUCUUUUCGUGUGUCGGCCCCUUUUAGCCCUGAGCGUCAAAUUAUUUGACAAACAAAGUCGGAAUCACCUUGGACCGCAAUUUAGCUUUCCAACGCUAAGAAUGACAUUUUGUGACACGCUGCCGUGCAGUGACUGAGAGUAUGGAACUACCCCUAAGGAGGCCUUAGACCGUCUGGUGAUUGUUACGCUAAAACCACCACAUGUGCAUUUAUCAACACUCGAGUGCGUGUGUGUGUGUGUAUGUGUGCAUGUGUGUGUGUGUGUCGGGGUGGGAAGGUCAGCAUUUCACAUCAUGAUCUUACCUCAAGAUUACUCCCUUUUUUUUUUUUUGUCAUCAAAUAUUGUCUGCAUUGUCAUCAGAUUAAUUAUGCGAGGAGGCGGAGCUUAGGAAGGAUCCGGACGAUUAACGCGCAAGCUCGACUCGUGAAGAAAAUAGUACGUGUUUUUAUUCAUUUGGAUGUCGUGUCACUAAUCCUCACACUUUGUAUGUUUCUAAGUCGUACAUCAGAAGUGUUAUUUGCACUAAAUGUAAUGCAAGUCGACAAUGUUCUGUAAAUUAAAAUUGCUACACAACAAAAAUGUGCUGUGGUGGGAUU